AGCCAACUUUCUUGUCGUUUUUCCUGCGUCCUUUUGAGGAAGUACCCCUGAGCCGCACAGAGCCAGCCUGCAUUAGGGCACCUCAGGCGGGGACCGCAGGAGCCUGUGAAGCUAGCUGAGAAUGUCCGAGACCUCCGAGCCUGCAUUUGGAGGCAGGAGAGCCCUGCCCCGCAAUGCAUCCAAUGCGGCAGAGGAUGACCUCCCCACUGUGGAGCUGCAAGGGUUGAUGCCCCGAGGUGUCAACCUGCAAGACUACCUUCAUGUCGCAAAUAUUCACCUGUUCAAGGAGAGAUGGGACACCAAUAAAGUGGACCACCACACUGACAAGUAUGAAAACAACAAGCUGAUUGUACGUAGAGGACAGACUUUCUUCAUCCAGAUUGACUUCAAUCGUCCAUAUGACCCCAGAAGGGAUCUCUUCAGAGUGGAAUAUGUCAUUGGUCGCUACCCUCAGGAGAACAAGGGAACCUACAUUCCAGUUCCUGUUGUCCCGGAGCUGCAGAGAGGCAAGUGGGGGGCCAAAGUUGUCAUGAGAGAGGACAGGUCUGUCCGGCUAUCCAUCCAGUCUUCUCCGGAGUGCAUUGUGGGGAAAUUCCGUAUGUAUGUUGCUGUCUGGACCCCCUAUGGCAUACUCCGCACCACCCGAAACCCAGAAACGGACACGUACAUUCUCUUCAAUCCUUGGUGUGAAGAGGAUGCUGUAUACCUGGAUGAUGAUAAAGAAAGAGAAGAGUAUGUCCUGAAUGACAUCGGGGUUAUUUUUUAUGGAGACUUCAAUGACAUCAAGAGUAGAAGCUGGAGUUAUGGUCAGUUUGAGAAUGGCAUCCUUGACGCUUGCCUGUAUGUGAUGGACAAAGCACAAAUGGACCUUUCUGGUAGAGCGAAUCCCAUCAAAGUCAGCCGUGUUGGGUCUGCAAUGGUUAAUGCCAAAGAUGAUGAAGGUGUCCUUGUUGGAUCCUGGGACAAUAUCUAUGCCUAUGGUGUCCCCCCAUCAGCCUGGACUGGAAGUGUUGACAUUCUGUUGGAAUACCAGAGUACUAAGAAUCCAGUCCAGUAUGGUCAAUGCUGGGUUUUUGCUGGUGUCUUUAACACAUUUUUGCGAUGCCUUGGGAUACCAGCAAGAGUCGUUACUAAUUACUUCUCAGCCCAUGAUAAUAAUGCCAAUUUGCAAAUGGACUUCUUCCUGGAAGAAGAUGGGAACGUGAACUCCAAACUCACCAAGGAUUCAGUGUGGAACUACCACUGCUGGAAUGAAGCCUGGAUGACAAGACCUGAUCUUCCCGUUGGAUUUGGAGGGUGGCAAGCUGUGGACAGCACCCCCCAAGAAAACAGUGAUGGGAUGUAUCGGUGUGGCCCGGCCUCCGUUCAAGCCAUUAAGCACGGCCAUAUUUGCUUCCAGUUUGAUGCACCCUUUGUUUUUGCAGAGGUCAACAGUGAUCUCGUUUACAUUACAGCCAAGAAAGAUGGCACUCAUGUGGUUGAAACCGUUGAUACCAACCACAUUGGGAAAUUGAUUGUAACCAAAGAAGUUGGAGGAGAUGGCAUAAAGGAUAUUACUGAUACCUACAAAUUCCAAGAAGGCCAAGAAGAAGAGAGGCUGGCCCUGGAAACUGCACUGAUGUAUGGGGCUAAAAAGCCCCUCAACACGGAUGGCCUUCUUAAACCCAGGUCUGACGUGGUCAUGAAUUUUGAAGUGGAAAAUGCCGUGCUGGGAAGAGACUUCAAGCUAACUAUCACCUUCCAGAACAACAGCUCCAACCGUUACACCCUCUCAGCCUAUCUCUCGGGCAAUAUUGUCUUCUACACGGGGGUCUCCAAGACAGAAUUCAAGAAGGAGACAUUUGAAGUGAUGCUGGAGCCCAUGUCUUUCAAGAGAGAGGAGGUGCCGAUCAGAGCGGGCGAGUACAUGGGCCAGCUGCUGGAACAAGCAUACCUGCACUUCUUUGUCACAGCGCGUGUCAACGAGACCAAGGAUGUUCUGGCCAAGCAGAAGUCCACCAUGCUGACCAUCCCCCAGCUCACCAUCAAGGUCCGCGGCACCAGGAUGGUUGGUUCUGAAAUGGUGGUGACAGUUGAGUUUACCAAUCCUCUAAAAGAAACUCUGCGGAAUGUGUGGAUACACCUGGAUGGUCCUGGACUGAUGAAGCCAAGGAGGAAGAUGUUCCGUGAAAUCCAGCCCAACUCCACUGUGCAAUGGGAAGAAGCAUGUCGACCCUGGGUGUCUGGCCGUCGGAAGCUGAUAGCCAGCAUGACCAGUGACUCCCUGAGACAUGUGUAUGGCGAGCUGGAUUUGCAGAUUCAAAAACAACCUUCUGCAUAAAUGCACAGGGGGGUGAGAUGGACCGGGGUACUGGGUCUCUUGUAGUCUUGGCUAAGGAAAUUCUAAUGCAAAAUAUAGUCAGCUCUUGCUUUAACUUGGGUAUGAAGACCCAGCCAGGACUACACGGGGCCCCAGAGUAGAAACGCCAUGUAUUUCAAAGACUACUUUUCAAUGUGACUAUUCAAUAUGGAAGUUAGUUUUUAAUCACUCCACCUUCCAAAAGAUUCUGAGCAUUAGCUUUAAUUAAGCUCUAAUUAAGUUCUCAUGGCUCAUAAGAGUAGAAGUCAUCAUUUAUCAUCACAAAUGGCUAUAGCUCCAAAUAUCAGAGGACUUCCCUUAACAAGGGGACUUGCUCAAUACCUGGCUUCAUGUAAAACAAGACUCUGAUCUCCCACUCAGCCUUUUGGAGGUAAUAUACCCCCCAAAGGGGAGAGAAGCACAUGAUUUGGGCCCUAGAAUUCUAUUCCCCUUUCUUUGGAAUCAACUCUCUGUGUCAGAAUAUUUUUCCCAGGUAGUGAGAACAACAUCAUUUUUCUUCUUGGCAAAGCCAGGGCAAGGUCUUUCAUCUUACACCUGCGGCAAAGCAACUGCCUGCCAAAUUUCACAGAUUUACCUUGUGAGAAGAUAUGGCCCCAUAUUAACAAAUUGCAUUUGUGGGAAACUUAAUCACCUAAGAGGAGAUAAGAUAGCAGGUGCAAUACUCAGAUCUAUUAAAUAAUGGAGUUUUAUGGUGCCUUCUAUAAGAGGUGUCACACUGUGGCCUGAUCAGCAGGAACCAAUAUCCUUUACUUUAACUCUUUUGGGGCCACAGGACUAGAAAGUAACAAGGCUGACUUGGGACAGGAAAAAUGAGGAAUUAGUCUCUUUUAUUAGUGAUUAUACUUCAAGAUCUGUCUCUCUGGGAUCCUCUCCUUCACACAAUGAUGUCCAGGUACAUUUUUAGAGAUAAAACAAGCCCUAUGAGUUGGAGAAUCUGGCAGAUUUAGUGGCCAGACAUGUAGAAGGAUGGGCAGCCACUAAUUCCCUGUUGUCCUUCAUAUCACUCCUGUUGAGACCUCAGCUCAGGACACAGAUGCUAAAAGGUAAUACAGAGUCCACUUUGCAAGUAGCCAAUGCUAACACAGACCCAAUGACAGAAGAUGUUGACAUCAUUUGUGUUAUGCUCCAAGGUUCCAACAGGCAAGGCUAUCUGCUAUUUAUCUGCAAGGCUGAUUUAUGAUCAAAAUUAUCCAUUGAUAUGCCUAGGGUAUGAUUCUUAGCAAAAACAAAAACAAAGUGGGAAAAGCCAGAAUGAAAUUUUCUGAUCUGAAUAACCACAUUUCUAAGCCUUUAAGACUAUUCCGGGCACCAGGGACCCAUGAGGGUUAGUGGUCACCUCCAUAUGUGCAUCAUACCUAAUUCUAUUAAGUAAUUAAUAAUCCCAGCAUUUGCCAAGCUUUCCAAUACUCAAUUUUAAAAUGAAAUGCAUUUUGCUAUAUGGUUAAACUGGCUUAAUGUAGUAUAUGCUUAUUAACUAGAAUGUAAUCAAAGCUUCAAAUAAAGUUAAUGUGAUUAUGUUUGCAUCUGCAUAAAAGUGAACAUUUCAUUUUCAAUACAACAUACUACUAACCACAGGUGGUCAAGAAACCACCCUUCCUUAGCAAUAGAUGACCAACCCUGGCUAGGAAAACAAGCAUUUCUACUUUAAAGGAAAUGACUUUAAUAGGUACUCAGGCACAGUUAGCUUUCCUCACUGCUCUCUUUACAUUUUAUUAACCACAUUCAUCAAAGGAGGAAGUUUAUGUAUUUAGUUCAAAACCAGCUUCCAGAAACUGCAAAAUCUCUGUAGGUACUUUUUCAUGAAUGAUCUCAUGAAUCAUUAUAGUGACUCAGUAGACAAACCAGCUGGACACCUCUCAUAAAGAACACCUUUUGUGGUCUUGGAACAAAGAUGGAAAACAUAUGACAAGUGUGUAUGGGAGAUCCUGCAUUCAUGGCAACAUCACUGAACAAUUGCAACUCAGAUAGGGCCUCAGAACUCUCCUCAAUGCAGCACUCCAAGCAGCCAUUACCAACUGAUUUAGAGUUGGCACUCAAAAUAAAACCUAUUCAUCAUGCCUAAGAACCAGCCCAUCCCCUCUAAUAGCUGGGAUUCUACACUGUAUAAUAAUGCUGCGACUCUAAAAAUCAUUUUAGCAAUGGUAACAAGCAAUGAAUCUCAGCACCAGAGACUCUGAAUUCUAGUUUCUGCCUCUGCUAAGCCUCUAUGCUUCUUAACAAAUCUUUAUUUGUGUUUAUAGCUUCAGUGACCAAAGAGGGGUAAUAAUACUUACAUUUCCACAAGAUUCUUCUGGGGAUAUAUGAAGCAAAACUUAACAACCCAUGCAAAACUAUAGGUAGAUAGAUGAUAGAAAUUGAGAUAGGUAGAUAGAUAGAUGAUAGAUUAUGGAUAGAUGGAUAGAUAGAUGAUAGAUUAGAUAGAUAGAUGAUAGAUAUAGAUGAUAGAUGAUAGAUAGAUAUAGAUAGAAAGAGAGAGAGAGAGAUUGUAUGAAUACAUUUUUUCCAAGUAAUUUCACUUCAUCAACCCUGUAAAAGAAAUAAAUGUAAUUAUUUCCAGCCUGUUGAUAAAGACCCUAAAAAGGUCUAGGAAGCCACACAUCAUGGCAAGUCAAGCUGCAGAUGGGAGCAAGCGGUGAAAUCAACCCCUGGUUUACUGUAUUUUCUUUACAUCUUUUGUCUCUCAAAGUUUUUAAGAAUAUUGAAUUAAAAUCAACUUCAAGACUCUUCAUAGAGUUGCAGUAUAACAACAAAAAUAUGUACAAAUUUAUAAUAAGAAUAUGGAAGGAUAUGGAGUUUGUGCAAUCAAAAGUCACAAAAUUCCAGAUGUAAAGUUGUCAUUUAUGAAUAUUCUUCCAAUAUUACUACAAAGUUAGUAGUCAGCCAACCCAACUAUCCAUUCAUUCAUCUUUUCUACCAUCAAGCCAUGCUCCUGCCAGCUAGCCAGCCAGGCAACCUUUUAACCACCUAUCCAUUCUUUAUUCCAACCAUCCAUUUAACAUUUAUGAAUUAAUUAAUUGUGCAAGCAUGAAUUAAACAAAUAUUUAUUGAACAUUAGGCAUCAUCCUAGAGCCUGGGAAUUCAACAAUGAAAAGUCCCAUGGUCCUUACCCAGAAAGAACUCACAUCCAGAGAAGAGGGCCAGAUAUAUAAAUAGGUAAGGUACAUGAGAUAUUAUGUUAAUUGAGAGUUGCCCAGCAUACCAUGGGAAUAAAGAGGGGGAAAAAAUGCCUGAAAAAGCCUCCCUUAAUGUCUCCAAUAAUGGAGAAUAAAUUCAAAUUGAAUCAUGAAAAAAAAAAGAGCAAGAGGUAAGAUAGAGAUCAUUUGACAAAGAAGAGCUCAUGUAACAGCCUAGAGAAGAGAAAGAACAUGACCUUUCUGGGGAACUGCAAUUAGCUUGGCAUGGUGAGAUGGUCAAUAUCCAGCAAGAAGAGGCAGGGAUCUCCAUAUUCACCAUAAUGACUCAGAGAUCAUUUGUAAGACAGUAUCUACAGAGAUUUCAGCCACAGAAGUAUGGGUCAGAGUUGGAGCACUUCCAAGAAUGAGAAUUUGUUCCUUCUGCCCUGUGUUGUGGAGAAAGGCUAAUAAAGACUGCUAAUUAAAAAAAAAAAAAAAAAAAAACAGAAAAACAAAACAAACAAAAAAACUGGAUCAAAACUAAGAACUAUAGUGGGUGAGUCAAAGAGGGACGAGGCCAAGAGAGUAUGGGGUGGAAUGCCUAACUCAGGUCAGUGAGGAAGGUGUAAGCUUGGGACCGUGGCCACAUUGGGGUCUAGGAAUGGGAAAUGAGAUGUAUCAAGGCCCAAGUGGAUACAAAGUGAGAAAGGUAGCAUGUCAAGGGAAGCUGUCCAUUUCAAAGACUGAUACAAGUAUACAACAGAUAAGUUCCUAGAAGCUGAAAUUUGGGCAACCAAGUAUUUACCAUUGGCAGAGACUGAUGAAUACCCAGGAUCUUAUUCCUAGGGCCAUUCUCACUUCUCUUAAAGGCCAAGCUCUCCAACUCAGUACCCAAGAGAGCCAAAUGCUUCUAGAGAUACUCCUUCCAUUUUCAGCACUUCGAACCACUUAGACUCAGUUUUACCUUCUUAGUCUCUGUAGAAGAAUGAAAACAAGACAAGACAAACAUCUUUUGAGCGUAUCUGUCAGAAAUCACUCUAUAAAAACAAACACAUAACUACAUGAGAAGAAAAAACAAAGGGCUCGGUUGCGGUAGGAUGAGUAACUAGGAGAUUGUGCUCACCUCAAGUGCCAGGAGUUACACUGAACACUUUUUAGCUCCAAAGACAAU